AUGUCAUUCGUCUUCCCAUCUUGGUCCACGGCGUUCUCGCCUGCGUUUCAUGAGGAUGCAAAGGCCAUGCUGGAAGGCGCUCUGAACAAAGGUAACAAACCGCCUGUAAUCCAAGGCAGAAUCGAAGUGGUCGAGUUGAGCAUGGGCAAAGAGCCACCGACUCUCACUUUACUUGAAAUUGGUGAUUUAUCACUCGAUCGUUUUCGAGGUAUAUUGAGAUUAGGCUAUUCCGGAGAUGCAUGGUUAGAAGUACGCUGUCGUGUUCAGGCGAACCCCCUCUCACACAAUCCAAACUUGUCUUUUUCGUCGACAUUACCACUUUCAACACCUUUACUAGCCUCUCAGCCAUUGCUGGUACCAAUGACACUACGUCUAUCGAAAUUGCACCUACGAGCAAUAUUGAUCUUGGUCGUAUCGGCUUCCAAGGGGAUAACAUUGGUAUUCAAGAAUGAUCCCCUACAGAAUGUAGAUGUGUCCUCUACGUUUGAUUCGGUAGAAGUAAUCAGAGGGUAUCUACAACAGGAAAUUGAAGGACAGCUGAGAGAAAUGUUCAGAGAAGAUUUACCUGGUAUCAUACAUAGAUUAAGUCAGAGAUGGUUUCAUGGUACAGGCGUUGGAGGAAAGGUCGAGACCCCCUAUAAAGACUUACCAAACGAGGUCAUACAGGAAGAAGAAAGAGAAGGAAGUGAUGAUGGAGUGGAUGAAAGUAAUCCGUACGGAGAAUCAUCUCAAAUAUUCCCACCUCACAACAUACCCGCUUCCACAUCGAACCAAGAGAAAUUCUCAACACCUCGUCGACAAUCCCUACAAACUCAACGAUCGUCGCUCAGACAUAGAAGAUCAAGUACGAGUAAUUCCAUAUCGGAAUCACCAACGAGCUAUACGGUCUUUCCCGAUAUUGAAGAUUACGAUCCAACAUAUGGCCUAAGACCUGAAGGUGUACCCACCCACAGCGGUUAUGAGGCUUUUGGGAGAUUGUGGGAGAAAUCUAGAGAAGGUGGAAAUAGAGGGUUGGGAUCUUUGAUGUCGAUGCCAAUACAAAAUCAAGAGCACGAUGGUCCCUUACCGGAUUAUCUGAGUGAUACGUUCGAUGAGGAAGAUGAAGAUGAAGAAGAUGAAAUAAGGUCAUUUGAUAUGGUCGAGAUGGAUGAUGUACUUCGUUCGAUCCCUCAUUCAACCAGGAAAUCAAGGAGACAAUCGUCCCUGGUCUCAGCGAUGGGAUCGAGAUAUGGUGGUGGAGGUGAUGAGAAGAACCAAAUUGAAUGGGAGACUUUCCCAGCUGUUGGAGGGGGAGUUAUCACAAGACCGAGAGUAUACCAUUCACAGUCUCAGAUCAGGGCUCCAUCAGAAGCUGGUGGUAAUGGGGGAGCGAUGCCUAGUCCGGCGGGUACAGCUACGGGCGGUAGCGUGACAGCGAGAGCCAGCUCGGCAGGUGGUGCAUCCUCGACUGUGGGAAGUCUCCGGAUGCGUCCCUUCACACCUUCCACACCCGGUAUAGGUAUUCGCUCUCCUACAUUCACCCAAUCCCAAGCUGGUCCAUCAAGUCUACGUCGAAUGGUCACCUCCCAUUCGGAUGUAUUCCUCUCAUCUUCUGCACAAGGUAUACACGGCAACAUACCACGUUCCGAGACAUUUAGCGCUACCGCUAUACCUCGUGCUUCCAUUUCCUCAAGUCGUAGACCAUCAAGAACCGGUACGGGCGGUUCGUCCUCCGCCACAAGAACAGGAACAGGAACAGGUUCGUCAUGGGAUACGAUCGGACAUUCUACAAAUCCUACGUCAACAUUACCAUCUAGUAAACCUUUAUCUAUCACUUCGAAACAUACGAGGCAGAGAGGACCAAGUGUAUCUCUAUCAGGAACUUCACCUGGGAACGGUUCUUUCCCACCCAGGAAUAUUGGACCUGGAGGUAUAACAUUACCAUUGAACAAUUCGGUUAGUCAGUUGGCGACUUUAUCACAUUCUGCUCAUACCCUCUCACCGUACGCGAGGGGACAUGAACAUAUUGCUGUGAGGUCUUUCCCACAUUUGGGUAGAUCUAACACUGGUUUAGGUAUGGGUAUGGGUAUGGCUACGUCGAUGAAUUUUAGCGGAUUAGGCAUUAACGAUGGAGGAGGAGGGAUAACACCUAGAGCCUUAAGUGGUGGGAGUGGUGGGGUAGGUGGUGGUGAUUUGACGAAUGAUUUGAGUGGACAAGGGAUGGGAGUGAUGAAAGCUAGAAGAAAGAGAAUACAUCGUUUGAAUACUACCAAAAAAGAUGGUCCUCCCACUUUGUCACAGUCAGUGUCACAAGGAGUCAGAAAAUCAAGUUUGAACUCCAAUUCGAGAUCGCAUUCGAAUCAUUCAGGUGAUAUAGAUGAGAUUGAAAGUUAUAUCGAUCAAAAUCCAAAAUUACCAAAAGCAACAAACAUGCCAAAGACUGGUAGAGGUAUAUCGAGUGUGAAUUUGACUAUGGAGAAGAGACCGAACAUGAGGAGAAAUCCAGAUUCAAGGACUUCCUAUGGAUUCCCACAGUCGUAA